AUGGAGUGCACCUAUGUCCUGUGGCUCCCCUUCGACAGACUCGGCAACCACAUGCAGUCCAUGGUGAGCGCCUUCUUCUACGCGCUGCUCACGGGCCGCGUCUUACUCAUCGUCUUGCCCCCAGACUCGACCGACCUCUACUACGAGCCGUUCUCGGGCACGAUGUGGCUCCUCCUGAUGGAAGACGACUUCCCCGUCGCUAACCUGGUCCCGUAG